UAAGUCACGUGACUUUCAGGAGACUCGAUCUCACUCCCCUUCGACUUAACGGUGAUCCCUGAGUUUUGACUGCGAGGACCUCUCGUCAGAUCAACUGACUCCGAACCUCAGGCUGAACCCACUGCCUCCUGUUCGCCUCCUGGUCUGUUUCCAGCUGUUGUCGCUCCUUUGAGUCAAUGGAGCUCGUUUUUCUGCUCACGCUUCUUCCCGUCGCACAUUCAGUGAAUCGCUCCCUGACGUAUUUCGUCACCUUGUCCGCUGGAUUCCAGGACGUGCCCGAGUUCGUGGGCGUGGCCAUGAUGGACGGCGUCCCGCUGCUCUACUGCUACGGCGACAGGUCCGAGGAGCGCGUGGACUGGCUCCAGAGGCUGGCGGCGGAAAACCCAAAGCUGUCCGACUGGAACCAGCACAUCUGUGCUCUGAAAUACAACACGUCCAAAAGAAUCCUGGAGGAGCUGCGGAACCACACGAACCAGACGGGAGGCGCUCACGUCCUGCAGGAGGCGUCCGGCUGUCAGCUGGACACCGACACCAGAACCUCGACGCUCCACGACUCGUUUGCGUUGGACGGAGAGGAGCUGAUGACGCUGGACAGGAAGUCGUGGACGUGGAACUACACGGACCGGGCUCGGACCUUCACCGCGGACGGGCGGCGCCUCAGCAGCGAGCCCGACUACGUCAGCGACGUCUACCUGGACCUGUGUCCUGAGAUGCUGAAGAAGUAUCUGAAGUACAGCAACGGGUCCGGGUCGGGGCCCAGUCCAGAACCUCCGGCGGUGGUUCUGCUCCAGACGUCUCCCUCCGCUCCGGUCCGGUGUCACGCCUCGGGCUUCUACCCCGACGGGCCCAGGAUGUUCUGGAGGAGGGACGGAGAGCGGGUCCAGGAGGAAGGAGAGGUUCUGCCCAACCGGGACGGGACCUUCCAGAUAAGCGCGGUUCUGAACGUUUCGUCCAUCAGAACCGAGGACUGGAGCCGCUACGAGUGCGUGUUCCAGCUCUCUGGAGAGAAGGACGUCAUCACCAAACUGGACCGAGCCGCGAUCAGAACCAGCUACGGUGAGAAUCAACCAGCGGGUCCGAUCUCAGUCUGUUACAGACUUUAUCUGUUUAUGUUUGUGUUUUCUCCAGGAGAACCCAGUAAAACCAGAACCGCCGUCGUCAUGGUGAUGGUUGUUGUCGUCCUCGGCCUCGUCGCUGCCGUUGGAUUCAGGUUGUACAAAAAGAAAGCUGCAGAUUCUGGUUAUGAGCUCUACGAGACGCUGACGGCAGAUCUGUGACCGGAUCUGCCCGGAUCCGCCCGGAACCAUGACCGGAUCCACCCGGAACCAUGACCGGAUCCACCCGGAACCAUGACCGGAUCCACCCGGAAGCAUGACCGGAUCCACCCGGAACCGCUCUGUAAUCUGAUGCUGUUCACUUUUAGCCUGUUUUAUUAAGAGUCUGUGCUGAUUCUGUUUGUACAUAUGAGAAGCUCAAACAAUUACUGUGAAGCGACAGCAGCUCAGUCAGAACCACUAUUUUGUUUUGUUUUGUUUUAUUUUGUAUAAAUAUUAUAGUUUUGCACAAAUAUUGCAUACAUUUCUACAUAACCACUGAUGGUUAUCAGUUGUGGAGUGGGAGUUGCUGAUUAUUGUACAGUCUGAUGCAGCAGGAAGUAAAGACCUCUCCUUCACACAGUGAGGGUGGAUCAGUCUGUCACUGAAGCUGCUCCAGAGCAGAGUCCAGUGGGUCAGAGUCCUGGUCCAGGAUGGAUGUGGGUUCAGCCAGAACCCUUCCUAGAGCUGGACUUGUUGAUGACCCGGUCCAGUCUCUUCUGCUGGUGCUGCAGGUGGCGCUGUUGAUAUAUACACGUUAUAUUAUAUUGUGGGAGCAGAGCCUCAGUGCAGUGAAACAUUCCUUCAGGUUCACAGCUGUUCACAUCUGGUUGUAGGACGUCACAUGAAGCUGAAUCAGGUUUCAUGUUGUUUCUUGCUUCAUUUUUUCUAAGCACGUGUUUUCCCACAACCACAUAAAACUGAGCGUUGUCGUUCUUGAACUGAACCGUGAUUUGCUCUGCUGCCAGAGUCGCCCCCUGCUGGUCAAUCUGUGUAAUUACAGGUUACAGCACAGUUAAAUCAGGAGGCGAAGACAGAAAGUAAAAGGCUUCACUGUCAGCGUUCAUCCGCUCUCUGCUUCUCACCACUGCUCCGACCACAGUCUACAGGGAACCAAGGCUGUAACUGGUGCGGGUCAUUGCACAUGGUCCAUGAUGGGGAGGACGUCCUGCUACUGGUCUGACUCUCAGACCAGAGGCUGCAGUCCUCAAACAGAUGGGACAGAGAGAGAGGCCGGAUUAAAGUCACUUUUACCCUCAGAGGCUGAAGAAGUACUUGAACCACAGCUCAGCACCGGAACCGCCCUCAGACUGGAGCAAGUAUGAAUGUGUGUUUCCAGGUUCUGGUGCUGAGAGCGACAUCGUCACCAGACUGGACCGAGCUGAGAUCAGAACCAACUGGAGUGAGACUUCAUUCAGAUGUUUUCUUUUGGUUGUUGUUACAUAAACCAGUGGUUCCAGUUCCUCCCCAGAGCUUCCUGCUGGUUCUGUGGUCUGGACUCUUCAUCUGGAGGAAGAACAACGGUUCAGACAUUUUACCCAAAGGUCAUUAAACAUGAAGCUGUUCCGGGUUUAAACCUUCUCCACAGAGUUUUCAGACAGGACUUGACUCGUUUGUUUGUUUGUUACUUGUUCGGCUCCGUCAGAGGAGAGGAUGACGAUCAGACGCUCAGUCUGAGCCGCUCCAAGCUGUGACUUCACUGUGAUCCAGCUGUUUCCCAACAGAUGAGUCACAAACAGCUGAUCUCCCAGAACUCUAGAAAUGUAUCAACACCUGCAGCAGCUCUGACUUCAGUUCUACUAAUAUCAAAUGUUGUAUGCAAUUAUGUCAUUGUGUUUAAACACAACAAUCAUUGUUGGUUCUUGUCACUAAUAAACACAUUUUCCCGUUGAA